CACUACAGAGAUGUCACCUUCCGUUUGUAAACAAUUGUAUUGCGGUAUCUAAUUUUUGUUUGUAAAAUUAUAACAUCGAUUAUGAAGCAAAUGUGCAGAUUGUGUCUGCAGGACGGUCCCGACUUGGGAAUCUUAGGAGAUGAUACGGCUAGUGGCAAUGAAGAUGAUACAAAUGCAGCUGAUUGUUUGGUCCAGCUCAUACUCCGAUAUCUAUCCAUUCGGAUCGUAAAACAUGAAUCCACCGCAAAUGCCAUGAUAUGCUGCUCCUGUCGAAUGUCGGUAGAAGAAUGGCAUACGUUCCGUGAGUCAUGUAUGAGGAAUGAUGAAGUUUAUCAGCGAGUUAUUUCACGCUCGAUCACGAGCAGCGCAACGUUCGACAAAACCACCCUCACUGAUGAAGAUAGCAGGGCUGUGAUAUUGAAAAACGAACCUAGCUACAUCGACGCCAAACCAGCAGAGAACGAUGACGCAGAUUUUGAGCAGAUGCAUUAUAAAGAUGAACAACUUUCGAACAGUUGCUGUGAUGAUAACUAUGAGAUUGACAAAUCGGACGACAAACAAAUGGAUAACGAUGACGACGAUGAUUGUCCUGAUUUUGAAGAGAUUGAAUUCGAUGAAGUGUCAGACAGUUCCAGCGACGACGAGUAUGUAGUGAAGAGCACUGUAUUUUCAACACGGAACAAAGUGAACAAGAUAAAUACUACACUCGAAAUAAUACCACUGAAAAAACGCGGUGGUUCCAGAAUUCAAACGAAAAACACAAAAGAUACUGAUAUUCCUGGCUUGAAUCAAGAAGCUCCAACGCUUGAUAAAUCACAGGAAAUAGUUGCCAAAAAAGUUUCGAGUAGAAUCCGAAUCAGCCCAGUAAAAGUAAGCAAGAAACGAGGUAGACCCAAGGAAGCAAUAAGAAAUGCAAAACGUGCUGAGGUCUGUACUAUUUGUGGGAAAUGUAUUAAAAAUAUGACUGAGCACAUGAGAAUACACAAUAAUGAAAAAAGGCACCAGUGUCCGUACUGCUCGAAGGCGUUUGUAAGUACUUCCAAUUAUAAUUCCCACGUAAACAUCCACACUCGUGCUAAAAUGUAUAAAUGUGAUCUCUGUGAUAAGCAAUAUGCAAUGCUCAACAGCCUGAAGCAACACCGAAUAACGCACUUCAAGGAACGUAUAUACGUAUGUCCUGUAUGUGGGAAGGCAUACUACCAGCCAACCGGUUUGGCUAGACAUAAACGAACCCAUUAUGAGGAACCUAAAAUUAAAUGUUCUGCCUGCGAUAAAAUGUUCAUGACGAAUGCGGAUCUUCGAAAACAUUUCACCAAACAUUUGGACGAAAAACCGUUCAGCUGUGAGAUAUGCAGUCGGGCUUUUAGCCGGAAAGACAAUCUUCGUACUCACAUGAAAACCCACCGAGGGAUUACGCCAACAUCCAGAAAAGCUUCCGCGAAUACGAAAUCAUCCAAAACCACCGGAAACAAUACUCCCGAGACGACUGCCAUAACUGAGUGAAGGAUUUCUUUUUCGUUCGUGCAAAUCAAUCAAUCGGUCCUCCGAUGUAUAUUUGUUACAUCUGUCCAUUUAAUUUCGAAUAUAGAUAUCUAUUAAGCAACGA